AUGGCCGAGAGAAGCAGCGACACUGCACUGGGCGAUCUAACAACUGUUCAUCCAGGAGACAAGACAAGCAACAGCGAGAAAUUAGGCACAGGAAAGCAGCAGAACAAGGAAGGGGUUCCAUGCGAAAAAAAGUGUUGUGUAGAAUCUGACCCUCCUCCGGCAAAGGCUCCAACAAAGCAGAUAGACAGGCGUGUGGCGAAACGUUCUGUUGAUAAACGCUUCGAAUGUACGGAUUGUGGGUAUGGGGCAGCCACAAAGUGCGACUUCUCUGCUGCAUGGCAGUGCAGUUUAGACAGGCAUUUGGCUACGCACACCGGAGAAAAACCCUACAUGUGUGGAGAGUGUGGAUAUAGGACUGCUGAUAGGUUUUCCUUAACCGCACACAUGAGACGACACACAGGUGUGAAACCCUACAAGUGUGAUCACUGCGAAUAUUCUAGUGCAGAGAAUCGUGAUUUAAACAAACACAUGGCUAGGCACACUGGUGAAAAACCCUACAUGCAUAUGAGAUCACAUACUGGUGAAAAACUAUAUAGAUGUGACGUUUGCGACUAUUCUGCUGCAAAGAAAAGCUAUCUAGACAAACACGUGGCUAGGCACACCGGAGAAACACCCUACAUGUGUGGGGAGUGUGGAUACAGGACGGCUUACAGGUCUUCCUUAGUCGUACAUUUGAGAACACACACAGGAGAAAAGCCCUACAUGUGUGAUAACUGCGGAUACAUGGCAGCCAGCAGGUUUCACCUGUCCCGACAUAUGAGUAGACAUACAGCAGUAAAACCUUAUAAAUGUGACAAAUGCGACUACUCUGCUGGAAGAAGAGACCAUUUAAAGAAUCACGCCUUGGUGAAACACACGUCUUAG